AUGGUGGAGGGACGGAACUGUCUCCCUGCAGAGGUCAGGAAUGGGCUCGAGACUCUGAAGAAGAGGAGACUUGAGAGGAUGCGUUUGAGUGCUCAGAUAGACGCCGGUGACAAUCCUGCCAUGGCUGCGAGGAGCGGCGGGGAUUCACUGCGGACUCCUGCAAACUGUGGGGUGAGAUUGCAUGCCAACAACGUUGCUGCGGGUUUACCUAGCACUAGCAGUGCCCAGAACAAUAAUCCAUUCGCAAAGCGCAAGGUGGACAAGUUCAAUAUGUCUAACCUAGAGUGGAUAGACAACAUACCAGAGUGCCCUGUGUAUUGUCCCACCAAGGAGGAAUUCGAGGAUCCCAUUGCGUAUAUACAGAAAAUUUCCCCAGUGGCUUCAAAAUAUGGCAUUUGCAAAAUUGUGGCUCCUGUAAGCGCUUCUGUGCCUGCUGGUGUCGUGCUGAUGAAGGAACAACCUGGUUUUAAGUUCAUGACUAGAGUUCAGCCGCUUCGUCUUGCUGAAUGGGCUGAAGACGACACGGUCACUUUUUUUAUGAGUGGACGAAAGUACACUUUCAGAGACUACGAGAGAAUGGCCAACAAAGUGUUCUCUAAGAAGUAUUCCAGUGCUAGUUGUCUCCCUGCUAGGUACGUGGAGGAGGAAUUCUGGCGUGAAAUCUCUUCUGGAAAGAUGGAUUUUGUUGAAUAUGCUUGUGAUGUUGAUGGGAGUGCCUUCUCUUCUUCUCCUCACGAUCAGCUUGGGAAAAGCAACUGGAACCUCAAGAAUUUUUCACGGCUCCCCAGUUCUGUGCUGAGACUUCUGCAGACGCCAAUUCCAGGAGUGACAGAUCCAAUGCUGUAUAUCGGUAUGCUCUUUAGCAUGUUUGCAUGGCAUGUCGAAGAUCACUAUUUGUACAGCAUAAAUUAUCAUCAUUGUGGGGCAUUUAAGACAUGGUAUGGGAUACCAGGCGAUGCUGCUCCUGGUUUUGAAAAGGUGGCAAGCCAGUAUGUGUACAACAAGGAUAUUUUGACUGGUGAUGGAGAGGAUGCGGCUUUUGAUGUUCUGUUAGGGAAGACAACAAUGUUCCCCCCAAAUAUCUUGUUAGACCACAAUGUUCCUGUUUAUAAAGCUGUGCAGAAGCCUGGAGAGUUUGUUAUAACAUUCCCUCGUUCAUACCAUUCAGGUUUCAGCCACGGUUUCAAUUGUGGAGAGGCUGUCAAUUUUGCUAUUGGCGACUGGUUUCCUCUGGGCUCUCUGGCUAGCAAACGCUAUGCACUUCUGAACAGAACACCCUUUCUUGCACACGAGGAGCUACUUUGUCGUUCUGCAAUGCUUCUGUCUCACAAACUGAGUGAUCCAGAAACAAUUAAUUCUGAACAUCCAUACACUCAAUAUUGUGUGAAGUCUUCCUUUGUGAGGUUGAUGCGACUGCAGCGGCGCACACGCAGCUUACUCGCUAAAAUGGGUUCUCAGAUAUACUACAAGCCAAAAAUGUAUUCGAACCUAUCCUGUAGCAUGUGCCGGCGUGAUUGCUAUGUUACACAUGUGUCAUGCGGAUGCACCUUUGAUCCUAUCUGCCUUCAUCAUGAACAAGAACUGCGGAGCUGCUCUUGUAAAUCUGACCGGAUUGUCUACGUCAGAGAGGACAUACUGGAGUUAGAGGCUCUAUAUAGAGAAUUCGAGCAGGAUAUUCGCCUGGAUAAGGAAACAAGUGCUAAUGUCUCGUAUAAGCAAGCUGCGAUUUCUGAUAUUGGUGUCUAUCAUGGUCCGUCAGUUGGGACUAACCAGGACAUAAGCAACAGUGAAGCAAACUUGCUAGAAGCAAAUGCUGCUGACGGUGGAAAGAGCUCUCCUGCAACUUCAACGUUGACAUCUUUUGCACAUCGUGAUGGGUCUCUGCCUGCAGAACCAAAGGUCCAUGCAGCUCGAACCGACCAAAUUUGGUCAAUUACUAAGCUGUCCGUAAAAACAUCGUCAGUGGAUGGAAAUGGUGGCAAUUCAUCCUGCAUGGCUGAUGUUUGCAAUGAAAUUAGUUCCUGCAAUGCUUCACCCAUGGAAUAUAGUGGCAAUUCUGAUUCUGAUUCUGAAAUCUUCCGAGUCAAGCGCAGAUCCAGCAUAUUAGGAAGACCUGCUCCUGACACAGAGACAACAAACUUCUCUGAACAGAAGGUUCUGAAGCGGCUGAAGAAGGCAUCCCCAGAAACACAACAUGACAAUAAGCGACCUGAAGAAUACUCUGCGCGUACUUCAGUUCCCUCAGUUAGUAUGAGGCACAAUAAGUCAAAUUCUGCCUCUUCUGAGGAAGAUAGAGAGGACAUGGUUCCCAUUGCCUGGAGGAUGAAGCGGCGGCAGCUGGAAGCUCAACAAGGCGACGCCAGUUAUGCCGCGCAGCAGUCCAAGGUGUAUCCAUCUACCAGCAGCUGUUCCCAGCAGCAGUCGAAGGUGUAUCCAUCUGCCAGCAGCUGUUCCCAGCAGCAGUUCGCGGAGGCAACUAAAGACGCAGCCUCCUCAGAGGUCCGGCCAAAGCGGGUGAAGAUCCGGUUGCCUCGUAGCGCCAACAGGCUGGUCGAGCAGCAGCAGCAGCAGCAGCAGGGCAGUUCAGGCCAGAGAUUUGCAGUGGAUGACAAGCCACCUGGGUUUUGGCAUACGAUUUAG